UGCUCGAGUUCCGUCGCGACACACUUGUUUCGCGUCACUUCGAGGCAUGCACGAUUGCGUGAUUUGACGUAUUUGAUGAAUAUUGGAUGUACUGCAUGUAGAAGGUAAACAGUGGAUUAGGAACACGAUUUAGGAGAUAUUAUUUUUCCAACAUCUUCCAUUAUGGAUACGGACAAACCGCUGCACGAGGAUUGGAAAAAACGGGCAUUUGUGGGACCUUUGCCGGAUAGUUUCUUAAGAAUAGAAGAACACAAUGCACAGUUGCAGCAGGAAGCAGCGGAUCAACAGGCUGCUUUAGCUCUUCAGCAACUCCAGAUGCAAAACAUGCCAAUGGCUCAAGAUCCCCGAGUAGGCAGACUUAGUGUAACGAUCGCUCAGGCCAAAUUAGUUAAAAAUUAUGGAGUGACAAGAAUGGAUCCUUAUGUGAGAUUACGAGUGGGACAUGCGGUAUAUGAGACACAUACAAAUUCGAAUGGUGGGAAAAAUCCGCACUGGAACAAAGUCAUUCAAUGCCUACUUCCUCCCGGAGUUACCCAAAUAUAUGUAGAAAUUUACGAUGAAUGUUCUUUUGUGAUGGAUGAGCUGAUUGCAUGGGGACACAUAGAUAUUCCACCACAUGUCAUUCAAAAGGGCGAGACACACGAGGACUGGUACAUGCUCAGUGGAAAACAAGGGGAUGAUCAGGAAGGGAUGAUCAAUUUAGUUUUCAGUUAUACGAACAAAUGCCAUCCAUAUAUGGGGUCCUCUUCGAUAAUGAUGGUACCUUCUGCAACAAUGUAUGGCAUGCCGUAUGUUUACACAGCACCUCCGGCUGCUGUUGCACCGACGGUUGUACCCAGUUCUUUGCCAAAUGCUGAAGUUGAGAUGAAACAGAUCGCAGAAAUGUUUCCAAAUGUCGACAAAGAAGUCAUAAAAUCAGUAUAUGACGCUAAUCAUGGGAAGAAGGAUGUUACGAUUAAUUCGUUGCUUCAAAUGUGCGAAUAAGUUUAACCUCCUCUAUGCAGAGUUUGCCAUAUUUAAUUUUAUCGCAUUUUCUGUUUUACCAAGUAUUAUUCCGUUCGGAAAAUAUGCAACAUUAUAAUUAAGGAGAUACGAAACUUGUAAUACUUCCAUACGUAAUGUUUAAGGCCGAGACAUUCUUUGAAUACACUAAGUGAUCGUACAUACGUAUCUUUUUAAAGAAAGUAUAUUACUUUUAAUGUAACAUUCAAUUGCUUAUUCUUAGUUAACUUUGUUUUAUAUAUAUAUACACACAUAUA